UGCACGCUAGACACCUACGGAGUAGUAAACACAUUGCUGCACUCAAAUUUAUUGGGCUCCCAGAGUGCUAGUUCCGAUAGUUCUUUCCGCUUCGCCCGUCCUUCUCUGAUUCCCUCCCCCUUGCAGUUGCGCUUUUCUGCUUAAUCUGUGAUGCCACAACUGGAACGCAGAAUUGAAUUAGGCACGCAUCUUGCGGGCUCGCGCUUGUGACUGCGGCGUCUUUAGCCCCACAGCGUAAAAAAUGGGGCCCGGACUGGCGAUUGGGGCUGUGGCGGCGUUGAUAUGGGCGGCGUUGCACAUACAAGGCACGACACGGUUCGUGCCUGAGGCCUGCUCCAACGUGGCCGCCUUCCUGCCUGCGCACGUGGUGGGCCAGGACCUAGCCAUCAACCAGCUCGUGGACGCCGUGUGCGAACACCUUGCGCCCGACGCAGACGGCAGUAGCAGUAGCAGCCAUGGCGGCAGUAGCAUUGGCAGUAGCAGCAGCAGUAGGGCGCAGGCGCCGCGCAAGCCGCUGAUCAUCAGUGUUCACGGCCCGCCGGGUGUGGGCAAGACGUUCACGCACACGCUGCUGGCGAGGGCGCUGUACAACAAGGACCCGGCGGCGGCGGCCGACUGCCCGGGCGAGCAGUGCAAGGGGGCAAAGGUGCUGUACGGCCUCAACUACCUGGAGGCCGACCGGGCGGGGCAGCUGGGGCAGGUCCGUUCCGCGGUUCUGGAGCACCUGCGCUCCACUCCCAACCCGCUGCUGGUUGUGGAGGAGUACGACAAGCUGGACUGCGACAGCCGGGGGCUGCUGCGGCAGCUGGUGCGGCACCCCGAGCUGGCCAACAGCUCCAUGAGCAGGGCCAUCGUGCUGCUGGAGUCCAACCUGGGCUUCCUGGAGCUGGAGGCCAUGCUGACCGCGGCAGGCGGCGACAAGAGCCAGAUCACGCCCGAGGCCGCCGAGUCGCGGCUGAGGGAGGUGGUGCUGUCGGCCUGGCGGCGCCCGCCCGCCUGCGAGCCCCUGGAGGACACGCUGGCGUUUGGCGCAGCGGUGGACUUCUUCCUGCCCUUCUUCCCGCUCACACGGCCCGAGAUCACGGCGCUGAUGGAGAUGGAGCUGCGCUCGCGCUAUGGCUCCCGGCUGGAGGCGGCGGGCGGCUUCCUGCGCCCGCACCCCGCCGCCCUGGUCUGGCUGGUGGACCGCGUGGACUUCGCGGGGGGCAGCUACCCCAUUGAGGGGGCCAAGCAGGUGUCUACUGUGUGUGUGAAGCACGUGUCUCGGCUGGUGCGCAAGGCUCAGGAGGAGCUCAAGGCAGCCCGGAGCAGGGGGGCAGCGGUGCAGACGGCGGGGCACAAGGACAGCAGGGACAGGGGGCACACGGCUAGUCAGCAGCACACGCAUCACGUGGGCUCGGUGGUGGUGGCGGCGGAGUUUGUGCUGUCGGUGGCGCCCAGCGGCCGAGAGCUGCAGCUGCUGCAGGUGGAGGAUUGAUGCCGCGAUGUAUGGGAGUGCCGUAUGUGUUGGGGUUGGCGGACAGGGCCGCUCGUGAUGACUGAUAUUUAAUUGGUAGGAUGCUGCGGGCCCGGCAGGCUGCUGCGUGGCCACCUCAAGGGGCUUCCCAUCGCGAAGCGCCCGCUCGACUUGAAAGCGUCAGGAGGUCGUAAAUCGUAAUCGCUGAAGCGGGUCUGUUACAAUUGUGUGCAGACGGAGUCAGAGGUGAAAAGCAUGAAGUGCGUGUCCAUCGAGUGUGAAGUGGGGGAAAGUGGGGGAACAGUGGGUUCCAGACGGUACCUGUAACGCACUGAUCGAUGCUUUGCCGCUGAAGGGAACGUGUAUGGGGGGGUUGGUUCGAGUUCGGCGAUUCUGAAGUUACUGAGUUUACAGAGGCGGGGUGGGACCACAUGGGUAGGUUCGGGAUGUUACGAUACUGGGGCGGCAAGUAUGAGAGUUGAGAUGUGACGCAAUGGGCGUGCUAAUAUCGGCCGGUCGGGGCCGUCACGAGGCCUCGCGGGACCCAACGCAAGGCACACAGCUUGUCGGAUUGAAGGUGAAGGGUGCGGGCGAGCGCAGGGGCCACGCGGGACGCGAUUU